AUGUCUAGCUUUCUACUUCCGUUGGAAGUAUGCGACCAACUCACAAGCGCAAUAGCCAGAAUCUGGUGGAGCUCUGAUGCAGAAAGAAGAGGAAUUCAUUGGACAACUUGGGACAAGAUGUGCAUAUCUAAAGAAGAUGGGGGCACAGGCUUCAGGGACAUUCAUGACUUUAAUUUAGCCCUGCUGGCAAAGCAACUAUGGAGACUCUUACGGUUUUCAGAGUCUUUAUUGGCAAGAGUCUUGCGAGGAAAGUACUUCCCUUAUAGUACACCGCUUAGAGCAGGCCACACUGACUCCCCGUCGUACGGAUGGAGAAGUAUCCUAGCGGCUAGACCACUGCUAACAAUGGGGAUCCUGCAGAAAGUCCACUCUGGACUCAAUACUAGAGCUUGGGAGGAUCCUUGGAUCCCAACUAUCCCAGCCAGACAUGCAAACGCAAGGAUUCCGAUUGUCCAUCCUAGGAUGACCGUUAGCGAUUUCAUAAACAGAGAGACAAAGGAUUGGAAUGUAGGAAUGCUCGAAGAAUACAUGGAGCCAGAAGACAUUCCCAUUAUACGAAAUGGUGAGAUCUUUGAGGUUGAAGAAGUGGUGACUCUCCAGUUGCACACGAUAGCUCAUAUGAUGGAAGACAACUGCGUCAACAUCACUGGUGAUAUCCUCUCCAAAGUGAUCGGGUACUGCAAGAAACACAUUAUCGUCAUCCCCAGUGGUGAUGGUGGUUCGUCUGAAGCAGAACUCAAAGAGUGGGAUACUAAGUUUACGAGUGAUAUUGCUCAAUCGACGCUCUUUCAUCUUAUUUUGGCUGCUAGUUUUCUAAACAUUUAA